AAUAUGCAAAUUGGCUUAGAAGGCAGCUGGACAAAGAAUAAAGGAGACAGAAUUUGAAAUUAGAUCCAAUCUGGGCUUUUCAGCUUACAUAGUUGUGUUUAAAGAUAGAGAAAUGGGGCCCCGGUUGGGAAUAGCCUAUCCAAUUAUUGAUGGGAUCCCUAAUAUACUACAGGCAGCUAGGAUGAUGUAAGAAGCAAGAAGAUAUGGAGCAGCACUAGAUCAUAAUUAAAAACAACAGAACAACCAAACUUUCUUAAUACCAUCUACCUUUUAAAAAGUCAGGGUGGCAGGUAAUAAGUGGGAGAGGAGAAUGUUUCUGUCUCUUCCUACGUUGACCAUCCUCAUUCCAUUCAUCUCCUUAGCAGGACUGUUCUACUCGGCCUCCGUGGAAGAGAACUCCCCACAGGGCUGCACCAGCACAGCCAGCCUGUGCUUUUACAUCUCCAUCACCAUACCAGUGUAUGUGUUCUCCCACCUGCGGAUGUGGCUGGGUAUUAAGCUCUUCAGGCAUAACUAAUGCACCCAGAGCCAAAAUGGGAUAUACAUUAAUGAUAAAGUCUUGAGUGUCUUGUCAACUGCAUGAAAAUACUGGAAACCCACUUAAUUUUCAGGGAAGAUGCUGUACCUUGCUUCUGUCAGAGCUUGGGGCUACGGGAGGCUUACCCUGCAGAAGCUUCUUUUAUUAUACUUUGGUUCUGCCCUUGUUUUUUGAAGGUUCUAGUUUCUAACUGCUGUAUCAGAAGAAACAUUUCAACACAGUGUCUUAUUGGAAAUUAACAACCCCAACCAUCACCUAAUGACUUUUAUUUCUUCUUCCUUUCAUCUAAAAAUUAAUAUUUUGAAAUUUUAUGUUUGAGAUUCAAAGUCUUUGAUAAAGUCACAUGUUAUGAAAUAAUUCCAAAGGAGCUAUGUUGGAGUAGUU